AUGAUGCUGGGCUCAACGCCUGCGAGAAACCCGAGGAGUGGCAGCCGACUCCGGCGCUGCUCGGUGAGGUGUGGGCGGCGCAACCGAAGCCGAGCCGCCGUCGCUGGCCGGGGGCCGCACAUCGACGCGGAGCGCGGUGGUCGGGCGCGGGCGCGCUCGCGGAGGCGCCCCGCGGCGCGGGGGCUGCUGGCGCCCUGCGGUCGCGGGCCGCGGCGCGCCGCGGGCGGGCGGUUUUGCGCGGAGGCGCCCUUUCCCAGGAGCGCGUACGAGUUCCUCGACCGCAAGGGCAAGAGGCUGCAGACGGAGAAGGAGCAGUGGCAGAACACCUUUGACACCGAGACCAAGGAACUCGACGACAAGCUCCAGAAGCUCAAGGACGACAGGGAGAGGGCGCAGACGGAGCUGGAGGCGAUGGAGGACCAGCGCGCCAAGGAGGCCGAGGAGUACAGGGCCAAGGAGAACGAGAUGCGGGUGGCCGUGCUAGUCGAGAAGCAGCGCCGCGGCCAGCUGGAGCGCAUGCACGCGGCGGUGCUCUUCCUGCAGGAGGAGGGCCGCAGAUACAUGGAGCGCGUGCGGGCGAGAAAGGACGCUGCGAAGGGCAAGAAGAAGAAGGGCAAGAAAAAGUGA